AUGAUCAUCGGAUGCCCUUUGGAACACAAACACGAUGAGGGACGGGUUGCGCUUACUCCAUGGGGCGCCUUGGAACUCGUGAAGGCAGGCCAUGAAGUCCUGAUUGAAAAGGAUGCGGGCAAGAAAGCUGGCUUCGGGGAUGAAGAAUAUGUUCUACACGGGGCGGAGAUCGUUGGCUCCACACGGGAGCUGUACGCACGCUCCGAUAUGGUAGUGAAGGUAAAGGAGCCACAACACGAUGAGUGGAAGCUGGUCAAAGCGGGUCAAGUGAUCUUCUGCUAUUUCCACUUCUGCGCAAGUCAGGGUCUGACUCAGGCAAUGCUGGACAGUGGGGCAGUAUGUUUCAGCUACGAGACGGUUCAGAAAGAUGGGCGGUUGCCUCUCCUUGAGCCUAUGUCUGAAAUUGCCGGGAAGUUGUCGGUUCAAUGCGGAAUGCAUUUCUUAGAGACACCUUCUGGAGGAGCAGGGAUAUUACUGUCGGGAGUUCCAGGCGUUCGCCGUGGUCGCGUCCUCGUUAUCGGAGGGGGAGUUGUUGGAUCAAACGCGGCCGCUGCUGCUGCCGGCGCAGGAGCAGAUGUGAUAAUUCUCGACAACAACGUGGAUCGUCUUCGGACGCUUAGCAGCUUCAUGCCCCCGAAUGUUAGCACCCGCUAUGCGUGUGAAGAAGCUCUACUAGAGCAGCUUCCUACCUGCGAUUUGCUUAUCGGAGCGGUCUUACUGCCAGGUCGGAAGGCGCCGAAGAUUGUUCGACGGGAACACCUCAAGCACAUGAAGCGCGGAGCCGUGGUGGUUGACGUUGCCGUCGACCACGGCGGAUGCAUCGAAACAACGCGUGUUACGCGCCAUAGUGACCCUGUGUACGAAGUGGAUGGUGUCAUUCACUAUGGAGUUGCCAACAUGCCAGCUGCAGUGUCGCGAACGAGCACACUGGCUCUCACAAACGCUACAUUGCCGUACGUGCUUCGUCUGGCGCAGCUCGGUUGGGUGCAAGCGUGCCUGACGGACCCCGCGCUAAUGCUGGGACUAAGCGUUGCUGAAGGAAAGGUUCUACACCCAGGGGUGGCCGAGGCAUUCAAUCUCGAUAGCGUUCCUCUGAGCGAGUUCCUUGAAAAUAAAGCUGCCGGAGAACGGAGGGCUCCCUGA